AUGUCUGAACAUGCGGCAGUCCAGCCCCUCCACUUGAAGUGGAACAUCAGUAACACGCCACCGUGGUCCAAGCACAGAUUGGCCAUUGAAGUUUCAAAUCCAAUGUCCGAGUGUCGUCAAGAGGCAGAAAAGCCAGCCUUGUACCGUUUUGCCCAGAUGCCGGCAGCCCCCAGUCGACUUCCGCACCGGACCCUUGUCUUUGUUGCUAUGAUCAAUGGUACGGAUGGAACCCCCAUGCUAUCGGGCCCGAAAGUCAAUUCAGAAAACAAUGGAAGCCGAAACGAUACUUAUUUUGCGCCAAUCGACGAGGUAGGAGCGAAGACACUUCCAAUGUCGCAAUCGUCAGCAGAAAGUAACAUAUCUUGCCAGGAUGAAAUCUCGCGUCUUGAGGUGAUGCAUGGAGUCCUCAGCGGUCUCUUCGACAGGCGUCUUAUAUUCCCCCCUAUCAGAUCUCCACGAAGAGUACUUGAUUGUGGUUGUGGUACUGGAGAUUGGGCAAUGGAAGUUGCUACACAAUACCCUGAUUCAGAGGUUCUUGGCAUCGAUAUAAGCCCGCACAUGAUACCAGAAAACCCUCCCGACAAUAUGGAGCUUCAGGUUGAUGACUUGAACGGGAGAUUCACAUUCAAGCCCAACCACUUUGAUCUAGUCCAUAGCCAGAUGCUAGCAGGAGGAAUCCAUGCAAAUCGUUGGAGAAGUUAUAUUCGAGAUAUCUUCGGCGUCUUGAAGCCUGGCGGCUGGUGUCAAAUGGUCGAAAUAUACUUCAAUGCCCAAUCUGAUAAUGGCACAUUGACACCCGUGGUCAAGACAAUAUCUGGAAAGCCAAGAACCACACCACGACCCGCGGGCACCAUUGCAAAUGGCGAGCUGGAUGAGAAGUGCGGGCUUCACCGAAGUCGAAUCGAGACUCAUGACAUUACCGAUGUGCGGUUGGUCGAGCAGUAUGAUGGAAUUAUGUUUUAUCCGUGUGUUUCGAAGCUGAUCGAUGAGCAGUUCCCCGAGAUUACGAGAUUGGUGUGUCGAAUAGGGAUAACGAUGUCUUUCACCGAUUUCCAACUUUUAGUAGCUCAAGCGAGGAGCGAAGCAAGCAACCCGGCUUUCAAGGCAUACUUUCCGCUGGUUUUGUUGGCUGGCAAGGCAAGCGGUAGUGGCGCGCCGUCAAGUGGAUAA